AGUGAAAGAGAGAAGACAAAGUUAGGCAAUGGAGAAAGAGAACGAUAAUAAACAAGAGCAGAGAGAGGAGAAGCACCAGCCGCCCUACAUUUCAUCGAUGCAACCGGUGACCACGGAGGCAUACGGCGGCGGGAUGUACGGCGCAGAGGAGGGCGCUCAAAAGAAGCCACCGGCAAGCGACACUCAAAGCGCCGAUGGGCCGGCCGAAGCGACCAUCGAGCCCAAGCAUAAGCCGCCGCCCUCCACCGGAGAUCGGGACCUUGAUAUAACUGGCCAAUCUUACAUUCAGUGACUAAUUUUACUUCACCCUCAAUCUGUUUUUGUAUCUUUUUCACUUGGAUUGUUUGUAUUUAAUAUUUUAGGUUCCGAUUUUCAGUUUUUAGUUUAUUGAAGAAUCAUGUUUUUAUAAGUAUGCAUGUCAAUAUUUUAUUGUAUGCAUAAUAUAAAUGUACGAGACUUAAAUCGAUUUUCAAUGUAAAAUACAUACAAUUAUAUCA